AUGAAGGCUGAGGGUCUGCUUCGGAGCCUGCUGUGUGUAUGCACGGUGCUGGAACAAGCCAGGAGGGUGUAUAGUGUCAAACAUGCGGUGCACUGGAACAACUCCAACCCCAGGUAGGACCCCCAAUCCCUGGACUCCUCUGUGUUCCCCUCUGAGCCUCACUCCCCCCACCCCCCAUCCCUGGAACUGUUUCUCUAACUCCCACCCAAGUCUGGAUCUAUGUGCUCCCCCAAAUCUCUGCAUAUUUCUCCCCCCUUCCCCCCCUGGACAUGGUGUGUAUUCCCUGACCUGCAAACUAUUAGUAUCAGUAAGUAGAUACAUUAUACUGUAAUGUAAGGGCAGCAUUCUAAAUGUGCAGCAAUCUGCCCUGUCAUUCAUCUGGUUUCCAUGGUGAUUGCUGCACUUGAGGAACUUUGCCAACAAUUGCCAUUCCAGCAGCCCUGUACUACCCACUGUUAAAGCUAAGGUAAUUACAUUGCUGAUCAGUUAUUCUAAUCCUGGAUACUGUCUAACUUGCCAGUGACCCCCAGCUUCUUGUUUGAGUUCCCCCUUUAAUUGAUUACAGUGCCACAUCAUCCCAUUCCUCCAUCUCUCCAGUCUGACUGUGCUCCCCCUGUCCUUCUCGCAGAGCAGUCUAAUUCAGGACUUUGUUCCUUUCACAAUGAUCCGGACCAUACCUUUUUAUCCAGCGCUCUAAUCUCGCACUGCCAUCUCGGUUUUCUUACCCAACACUCUAAUCCUUAAUUAAUAAUGCCCAGUCUACAUUUUAAUUUAACCCUCUAAUUAUAUAGACAUUCUUUUACCUUCACUGUAAUUUUUAUCUAUACCCCUCCAUUGACCUUCUAUAGCUCUGUGCCUAGUCCAAACUCCUCCCCCCCCCCCAUUUCUCUGUCCAGUCCCCAAAUCAAACAUUCAUUCCCCCAAUUUCUUGUCCCAACACUCUAAUCCCAGACAGUUUCUUCCUCCUCUUCCUCUUUUUACAGACAUGAUCCCCCCCUUUACUCCCCAUUCAUUUGUCAAACACUAAUCAAAUACAGAAACUCUCUCUCCAACUAUUCCUAACUUUUUUUCCCCCCUAAUCUAAUCCGAGACGGUGACUCCCCCUUCAUCUUUUUGCAACUCUAAUUCUGGACAGUGACCCCCACCCUCCCUCCAUUUCUUCCAGUGUAUCACACUAAUCCUUCUAGUAUUGCCCCCCUCCCCCAUUCUCUAUACACAGUUGCCUCCCCAACAAGCAGCCCCCUAUCUGUAGGUGAAUACUUAUCUAAAAGUAAGUGAUCCCUUUCUCACUUCACCUGGUACCUAUACUGUACAUGACCUCCUAAUCCCCUCUGCCCAAGGCCUAGCCGAUACCCAGGGCCCCUGGUGCCAGGAUGUCUGGAUACCAUCCAUUUUUUGAUGUGGUUUUGUCUUGUGCCCCCUCCCCUUCAGGUCCCUUUGUUUGGUCUGUGACUGUAUCUAGCUGCUUUUUUUUGCUUAAUGAGAACCAGAGAGAGGGGCUCAGUGUCCCCUGUGUAAGUCCUGGGGGAGGUGUUGCGGAGGGGGUGCUUUACCCCAUUACAUUACCAGGGGAAAAGUGAGGCAUGCCAAAUAUUUGGUUUCCAUUUAGCUUCAGGGCACAGAACAAUUAAUAAGUACUUAGAAAAACAAGUGUAGCAUGUUCCUUCCCCCUUCCAAAAAGCCGUUACCUACAGACCGACAGACCUACAUCUUUUGUUCCAUGCACAGCUGCUCAUUGCAUUAAAGAGGAUCCUUACAAUAGAGAAUGUCCCAUCAUUCCUGUCCUUGUCACUUCUUGAUUUGCAUAAACCUUCAGAAGUUUCGCUCAUUCUCUGUGUGACGAGACAUUGGGCCUGAUGUGGGGCAAUAAAAUCUAUCUGAACCCACUGCAUAGUUUUGGUGGGAUGGCUGAAAUCUAUACUUUGAACCCAUUCUUUUAGCUCCAGACUUUGAACACCUCUCCACCCCCUUGAAUUUCUUGUUUGACCUCAUGAGUGGUGUAACAACCCUGGGAACAUGCAAUUUGUAUACAUGUCAUUUCAGUGUAUCCUGUCAUUUAGUAAAGAAAAUGCCAAUUAGGGAGGGACUGUCUCUUAAAUAACCAGAUUAAAAAUACCCAACAUUAAAGUCUUAUACACUCUACAGCAUCCAAUGUAGACAGAUAAUGUAGAUGUUUGUAUAUUACUUUAUUUUUAAUUUAUUUUUUUGCAAACCUCAUUUUUAUUUAUUUUUUUCCCCUAUCCCCAAGAGCUUACAGUCUGUCUGCUCUUGCUUUCUGCAGUGAAAGGCUCUGUGCCCCCUCCCCAAAGGGCAUGGUGUGAUACAGGAAGGGUUUGUUAUUUUGGGCAGGGAGCCUGCUUAUUUUGGACCUGUCUGUAUUUUUGUGGAGUGCAGUAUAUUCCCAUUUUUCCAGGCUAGUUUUCAGGCUGCAAUGAGCGGUGUGCGUGGAUGGAACGCUGUUUGUGUUGGCGCAGCCUGCGUCCGCUAGCCAGGCUGGCUCCGCAGCUCAUAAGUGCAAGCAUUGCUUGUUUUCUAACUAGGUGUGAGUCAGAAUUUUGCAUCUUUGUUUAAACAGUACCAACCCCCGCUCCCCAAAUAAAUCUAUAAAUUCUCCCAUACACUUGCACAUACCUUAAUUUGGUUUAUUUACCUUUUUUUUAAAAAAAAUUUAAAUAAACCUUUUCUUGAAUUGCUAAUUGUAUAUGGUAGCAGAUACAUGUUUACUUUCCGUAAUGUUCGAAUUCAGACUUUAAAAAGUGGUGAUCUUAAAUUUGUAUUUUUUUUUUUUUUUUUUCUUUUGUUUAAAAUAAAAUGUAGAUUCUUUAAAUACAUUAAACCUUGUUGGUAACCGUUGCAGAGAAGACAGCUCUGAGACACUUACAUUUUUAUUUUAUUUAUUUAUUUAUUUAUUUUUUUAGUCUGUCGCUGGUGUUUUGUGACGAUAUGAAAACGAUAUUUAUUUUUAAUUUUAUGAUCUAUGUAGGAUCCAUUUUGUUCGCUAACAGAUUGGAGCAGACAUUUGUGCUGUGAAAUAUUAACGAAAACUGAAAUCCCCAAUUUUUUCCCAUCAUUGUGGUCUUGUUAGACGUGUUUGGGGACUGAGGCCUGGGUAAAUUCAAGUGCUAAAAUCUGUUGUUUUUAUGUAUCCCUCCGUCAGCUGAUGUUAUAUGCAUAUAAGGGAGCAGAUCUUGAGUCCUGGCAAAAGCGAAGGCUGAUGCAAAGUGAACAGUGCCCUUUCUUUCUUUUGUCCUGGAAUAUAAACAAUGUGCUCCCCCCUUUACUAAACUCUGAAUUGUAGGGAUUUAAAAACUGAAUUGUAAAAUAUAGGUUCAAAUAGCUCCGCUGUGACCGUAGCUUAGAUGGAGAAUUUUUCAGAGUCCCAUGUAUAACCCUGAAUUUUGCCGUUUGGAUUUCAAUUCACUACAAUCCGUAGUUUAGUGAAUAAAACACUACUGGCCUUUUUAAAAAAAAAAAAAAAUUAAAAAAAAAAAAAAAAAAAAAUUAAAAAAGUAUUUUCGCUUGAGGAUACAUUGCGUGCUUCAGCUUCUCGGUACAGCAAUUCUGUCUGGAAUGUUAAGGAUGAUUUGCUACAUAACUUCUACGUGUUUCAUUACAGCUUUUUAAACUAAGACCGUAUCGCACACGUAAAGGGGUCACGCCCCCCUUUUACGCAAGUACCUAGUCAUAAAUAUCUUUCCUAAUUUCCAAGUGACAGAUCACAUAAUAUAUUAAUAUUUAGGAAGUUUUUUUUAAAAAUGAAUGAAUUACUCGCACAUUAAGAAAAUAUGAUACCAAUAUUUUUCGGGGUACACCCAGUUCUUCAGAGGCUCAUGAUGUUUAUCCAAAAUACAGUAUUAUUAAUCCUUCACCUCCAAACUUGUUUUGUUCACUAAACUUUAAAAUUUACGGAUGCAAUCCGAAUGACAAAAAUUGAUCCUAAAAUAUCCCAACUGCAGACAUUGUCCAUCUUGGCUCCAGUCUCUGCUUGGCAAGUCCUGCCGUUUGGAUUCAGUUUGUUAAAAUGUCCAGUGAUUUAGCCCUGAGUGUAAUGCGAUAUCUUAUUGUAGUCUUGGGUAACGUGAAGACAUCAGAUGAAUUAAAAGCCCACUCGUCAGAAAUUCUAAAUUAAAUUAAAAUUUAUAGACCAAAAAUAGCCAAAUUGAAAACUGGGUUAUUGAGAGUGAAUUUUAAAAUUUAGGACCAAAGCAGCCAAACUUCGAACAAAUCUUCGACUCUUCUAAUUUUUCAGUUUGGCUAUUUUAGCUUUGAAUUUGAUGUUUAACUCACUUUUGUAAAGAAUCAUUUUAUUCUGCUAUAAAAGUAAAAUGGUGUCCCAGAGAAGAAAAUUUGUUUAAAAAAAAAAAAAAAAGACAGAUUGUAUUUCGGAUAAAUCCACAGAGCAUUAUUUCAGCUGUAUAAACAUGUCAGGAGGCGGAGGCCAUUUCCAUCCUUGAUUGGCCAACUGGAAGCUUCAAUACUUGCUUAUAGGCAUAAUCAUUAUAUUUGACGAAGCGGCUGAAACGGUUAGCAUUGGGGAGUGCGGCUUAUUAGUGGCUGGCUGGUGGCACAAAUUGUCACAUAGACCAAUUUUUAGCAGUUCCAAUACGUCCGACAAGUUUACAAUGAAAGUCUCAGACCUUGAAAUUGCGAAAGGCAGAAUCUAGCUUUUUGCAAGCCUUGUUUAGAGAUCUACAUCAGCUCUGGGUAAUUAGCUAAAUAGGUGGACAAAUCCUUUAUUGUAUGUUCAGUGCAUUUGAAAAGGCCUGCUGAGAUUUAAAAAAGGAAAACUCCUUCUUUUGGCCUGAGGCUGAAACCUAAAUCGUACAGACUCCCAGGAGAAGUCAGUAAUGGCAAAGAUUGGGCAAUGCUUCAUUGGGUUUGGUUUAAAUAUAGGGGUACAAUUCCACCGCAGAAUUCCCCAAUGGCUGAGAUUGUCAUAAUUUAUGAAAGUCCUUUUUUUUUUUUUUCAGUGUCUGUUAUUCUCCUAAUAUGGGUUCUAAAUCAUGACCCGUAAUAGAUUUUGGUCUUAUUAAUAUGCUAUUUUUUUUUAAAAUGUUUUUUUUUUUUUUUUUGCAUGUUCAAAACUUUAUAGUUUCCGCAUAAAAUAAUAAAAUGAACUGUUGUUCAUCAUCUUGUCCCUUUAGCCACACCGCCUCACUCCAGAGAGACUUCCUUAUCAAAUGUAUGCCUGCAGUCUACACUGCAACAGCUCUAAGCUAGCGGCUUUUAAUUCACAACCUGGCUGCAGACAGUCAGAGAAACUAUAAACAGGUAGUGCUAUCCUCUCCUUCUAAUGCAGGUUGUUUUUUGUGCCUUUAUUAAUGAGGAAGUAUUUUUCUACAGUGAGGGGGUGUGGUUAAAGAGGCAGACUUAUAGUGCAGCAUUCUGCAAAACAUUUAUUUAUUCUGGGCAAAAACUAUAAAGAUUUGAGCAAGCAAAAAAAUACAGCAUUGUAAUAAGGCCAAAACCUGUAAAAUGCAUUAAAGAAGUAUUGGUUGCUGGAAAUGUCCCUUUAACCCAAUACCUUUUUUAUGUAACCAUAGCCACCAUACGGAUAUUUCUAUAUGACUCCGCUCAGGGAGGGGCUGUGGGCUGUUUACAUGGUUUCCCUGGAGUGGGAUCCAGUUUAGGGGCCCCUCGCUGGCUGCUGAAUCCCCACCUGAAGGAAUGCGCUGGGUGUCUGACACAGAGAGAGGAUCCUGUGAUGUUUCUCUGCUGCACUGACACUUCUAUAAACACGCAGCCUCCAUCUGUCUCACUGUUAGAUAUACUAGCCAGAGAUGAGCAUAAAUCAGGGGAAGAUAUGCCUGGUUUGUGGCUCUGGAGGGGGAGAGACUGAGGAGGGUGCUCCCUGCUGGGUUUGUAGGUUUUAGUCAUUAUGAAACCUGCCAGAUUUAUCACUAAUAGGCCUCAGACUGUGUGAAUUCCAUUAUGUAAUGCUAACCCUGGGAUACACGGUUUGUGGUGGUACCCAGGCGGCUUGGUACGUGGAGGUCAUGAUGUGAUAUAUUAUGGUUCUUUCUCAAUUUUAAGGAUUUAAGUACACUUCAAAAAAACCUGCUUGUAUGUUAUGGAGAAACUACAGAUUUGCAAAACAUGGGGAGCUCUGUACAUACUGAGACAAAUAAUGCUUUUGUUGUGAAAAUAGGAACCUGUGGGCUCUCUCUACCAAGUUGAGAAAAACUUGCACAGUUUUGGGAGCUCUGUUCUUGUGAAGAAGAGAUAUAUAUGUACAGCGCUACUGAAUAUGCUGGCGCUUUCUGUACCCAGAAAGAUUGUCUACAUGGGAUUUGGGGAGCUCUGUAUCCAUGGUGGAAGAGGCCUGUGGGAUUUGGGGGAGCUCUGUAUCCAUGGUGGAAGAGGCCUGUGGGAUUUGAGGAGCUCUGUAUCCAUGGUGGAAGAGGCCUGUGGGAUUUGAGGAGCUCUGUAUCCACGGAGGAAGAGGCCUGUGGGAUUUGAGGAGCUCUGUAUCCACGGAGGAAGAGGCCUGUGGGAUUUGAGGAGCUCUGUAUCCAUGGUGGAAGAGGCCUGUGGGAUUUGAGGAGCUCUGUAUCCAUGGUGGAAGAGGCCUGUGGGAUUUGAGGGGCUCUGUAUCCAUGGUGGAAGAGGCCUGUGGGAUUUGGGGAGCCUAUCCACGGAGGAAGAGGCCUGUGGGAUUUGAGGAGCUCUGUGGUCCAUCCAUCCAUGGUGGAAGAGGCCUGUGGGAUUUGAGGGGAGCUCUGUAUCCAUGGUGGAAGAGGCCUGUGGGAUUUGAGGAGCUCUGUAUCCAUGGUGGAAGAGGCCUGUGGGAUUUGAGGAGCUCUGUAUCCAUGGUGGAAGAGGCCUGUGGGAUUUGAGGAGCUCUGUAUCCACGGAGGAAGAGGCCUGUGGGAUUUGAGGAGCUCUGUAUCCAUGGUGGAAGAGGCCUGUGGGAUUUGAGGAGCUCUGUAUCCAUGGUGGAAGAGGCCUGUGGGAUUUGAGGAGCUCUGUAUCCACGGAGGAAGAGGCCUGUGGGAUUUGAGGAGCUCUGUAUCCACGGAGGAAGAGGCCUGUGGGAUUUGAGGAGCUCUGUAUCCAUGGUGGAAGAGGCCUGUGGGAUUUGAGGAGCUCUGUAUCCAUGGUGGGAAGAGGCCUGUGGGAUUUGAGGAGCUCUGUAUCCAGGAGGAAGGGCCUGUGGGUUUGAGGAGCUCUGUAUCCAUGGUGGAAGAGGCCUGUGGGAUUUGAGGAGCUCUGUAUCCAUGGUGGAAGAGGCCUGUGGGAUUUGAGGAGCUCUGUAUCCAUGGUGGAAGCCUGUGGGAUUUGAGGAGCUCUGUAUCCAUGAGGAAGAGGCCUGUGGGAUUUGAGGAGCUCUGUAUCCAUGGUGGAAGAGGCCUGUGGGAUUUGAGGAGCUCUGUAUCCAUGGUGGAAGAGGCCUGUGGGAUUUGAGGAGCUCUGUAUCCAUGGUGGAAGAGGCCUGUGGGAUUUGAGGAGCUCUGUAUCCAUGGUGGAAGAGGCCUGUGGGAUUUGAGGAGCUCUGUAUCCAUGGUGGAAGAGGCCUGUGGGAUUUGAGGAGCUCUGUAUCCAUGGUGGAAGAGGCCUGUGGGAUUUGAGGAGCUCUGUAUCCAUGGUGGAAGAGGCCUGUGGGAUUUGAGGAGCUCUGUAUCCAUGGUGGAAGAGGCCUGUGGGAUUUGAGGAGCUCUGUAUCCACGGAGGAAGAGGCCUGUGGGAUUUGAGGAGCUCUGUAUCCACGGAGGAAGAGGCCUGUGGGAUUUGAGGAGCUCUGUAUCCAUGGUGGAAGAGGCCUGUGGGAUUUGAGGAGCUCUGUAUCCAUGGUGGAAGAGGCCUGUGGGAUUUGAGGAGCUCUGUAUCCACGGUGGAAGAGGCCUGUGGGAUUUGAGGAGCUCUGUAUCCACGGAGGAAGAGGCCUGUGGGAUUUGGGGAGCUCUGUAUCCACGGAGGAAGAGGCCUGUGGGAUUUGGGGGAGCUCUGAAUCUAGUGGAAAAAGGCAUUUCCUAACAUUUUCUCUUUCCAUGUGGUCUUUUAACCUAGGAACUCGAUCCCUGCCCUCCAGAAUCAUAUUUUGCCUGGCAUGGUCUUGGCUGUGCCUGUUAAGGUACCUCGAUGGCUCACUCAUGCUAAAUGAGCUAGUGUGAUGCUUUCUGAGUGAUACUCUCCACUCUGCAAAUUUUAGGUUACCACCUUCACCUCUCCUUCCCUGUUGCCAGCUCUGAUCUGCUCGCAUUUGUAAAACAUGAAAGGAGUAAUUAUUAAUUAUGCUUCUCUUUGGAGAAUAAACAUUCCACCUUAAGGCUCCUUGUGAGGGCAUGUUGGACCUGCCAGCCCUUCAGGUAUCUGCUAUAAAACCUCCAACCUCAUCAGGUAGUAGGGCUUCAGUGUUUGUCUUACCACCUCUGCUGGGUGGCUGCUUCGUGCCUUUUUUUUUUUUUUUUCCUGUUGCUUUAUUUAACUUAUUUGUUUUCCUUCACUCAAUCUUCAUGUAAUUUCUUGCUUAAUGUUAACUCCUCCCCAGCUUUUUCUUCUUCCAGUGAUUUGGAAACGCAGUCUGCAUUCGUACAAUGGUAGCUUUGUCUAUUCUGUACUAUUUGCGUGCUCGUUUGGGUAUCACUCCUCACCUGCAGGGUGCAUAUAAAAUAUCCUGCCAGGGAAUGCCCGUACAGGAGGCUGAGAGUUGGCAUUGAAAGACCUUUACCGUGUUUGGUGCUCAAUGCCUACUCUGCCAUCACUGUAUAAGAUUCCCUUAUUUAUCAGAUCGGAGUACCAUUAACUGAUGUAAUUCUUAAAUACAUCACGGGGCAGUUCAUAUGGCAUUUACGUGUCCUUGAUAGACUCCGAUUUCUUGUGGGUUUUAAUUUUAUUUUUCACUUUUUUUUUUUUUCCUUCUACGUAAAGACUGUUUGUUUGAAACAUUAAAGGGUUAUGCAAAGAAAAAUGAUUGAAGCAUAGUAGUGCGACAAGUUCCCCACUUUCUUUGAUCGGACAAUAAAUGUGAGAUUUAAUCACGGAUUUCAAUAUCCCAAUAUUUUAUUUUAUUUAACAAAUUGUUUUUUAAAGUUUACUUCUUCUAUAAUGUGAAAGUAGUAAUGCGAUAGUAUAGAUUGGUUUAAAAUUAUAGCCCCAUAAAAAAGUAACCUUACAUGUGCAAUAAUCCUGUAAAACCAUAAUUUUUAUUUAUUUAUUUAUUUUUUUAUUUUAUUUUUUCUUCUUUCAAAUUAUCCAUUGUCGCGUACUCGUGUUUUACAUACAUGGUGAAUCCAGGGACACAAAUAUUCUUGUGUACAUGUCACCAGGAAUUUAAUUUACUAAAAACGAACCAUUAGAAAGGGUGGGGGAACCAUGUGAUCUAGUUGAGCUUGGCUAAAUUUAAAAGCUAGAAAACUCAAAUUCUCUCAGGUGUACAAUUGGGAUUUCCUUGUUAAUUCUCGAGGAAGAUCUAAUGUAUAGUAUCUUUCCAGUAGAGCAGAAGUGACAAACCUAUGGCACGUGUACCACAGCUAACACGCAAACCAUUAGUUUGCAAUUUUUUUAAUUUUAUUUUUUUAAAUCUAUUUGUUCUUCACACUGAGCUAUUCUUCCCAUCCCCCAAUCCUGGGCUAGGAGUGUGGUGCUUAGCCCUUUAACCCAUCAGGUAUGUGGCAGCCAGAGAGCUGGGCAUCUCCGAGUUUUGGUGUCCUGGUGGAGCUGAGUUUAUAAAUUUGAAAGACUGUCACUGUCUCAAGACCCCCUUCCUCAGAUACUUUCCUCUCCCCGUUAAACAUUAACAAUUGUCUUCCCUUAUUCAUAAUUAUUAAAUUGGAUCUCAGACCAGAAGAAUAAGGGGGUCUCGUCUUGCCCGGAUGUUGGGAAGCCCCAUGUAGGGGUUUGAGAAGCCUACUGUAACCCUUGCCACUUCUUUAAUUGCCCAAGGCUAGUGACAGCCCAGGGAGCGUAUCUUGUGCUAGAAACAAAGCUCCCAGGGUGCUCAAAAACCACAAAAAUCUAUAUAUAUUUUAACCUCUCAGUAAAGUGGCUGAGCCAGCUGCCGGGUGCUAUGGUGGGAGCAAGUAUUGUCCAGGGCCUACACAGGGAGUACCAGGAAUGCUCUCUGUACAGACAGCUGCUGGGCUGGUGUAGGACGACAGAGAGCAUUACUGAUCCAGGGAUGGAGGGUUGGAUGUAGUAGGUAAGGCAGACUGGUGGAGCAACAUUGGAGGAAGACUGACCCCUCAUGUGAUGGAGACAGUCACGUGUGUGUGAUUUGGUUUUGUUUGAAUUUUUGUUUUCAGGUUUAUUUGCAAUGUUGCCAAUUUAAGCUACGGUAAAUAAUUUAUUUAUUUUUUUUUUUUUUUCAGUUUGGGCACUUGGGCUCCAAAAAGGUUUGCCAACCCUGCGCUAGUGUGUAGGGCUACUGAUUCUUGGCUCCUUUAAUUCACAGCGAGAGGAGCUGCACUCUUCUGCAGGGGGAUGGGGGGUUCUCUUUCUGUGUGUGAAUUUAGCCAGACAGACAUGUGAGGUCAGUCCCUGGCGGUAUUCCUGUCUUUGGACUCUCUGAUCUGGGAGAAUUGUGCUGAGCCUGCGUGUUUCAGCAUCUCUGGACAAGCCUCACCCCAACCCCCUUUCAUUUUCACUGUCCCAAGAUUAAUAGAAACUGAAGCUGUUUGUUUAAUGAGGACGGGUGCCCAGUAAAUGGUAACAUCAGGCGUGUAGAAAGGGCACCUGGCUCUGUGCAUGUUUAUAUAAUGUGCUCAUUGCAAACUCUGCGAGCGUGACUUACUGCUUAACAAAAGCAAUAUGUAUAGAAUCAGGAACUCUUGCCCCAGGGAGCUUUGCUUUAUAUUGUAACAUUCUGUGCCAAUGGGCUUACAGUGUAGUAGUACAAAAAAAAGACAUUGCUAUAUAUCUUGUUGUCUGCUGGCAUACUGCAUAAACUUGGGCUGAGGAGCUAACAAUCUACUAGUGUAAAAGGAGACUUAAUUUCAUUUUGUGGUAUAAUGGUUACCCUUCCCUAAAUAUUUGAAAGGGGACAAAGUAGGAGACUGUGUUAAAGAGCUUACAAUCUGGUAAUGUUGUGGGUGAUUUCUCCCCCCCUCAGUUUGCAUUCCAGGGAGUAAAUUGGUUGUUGUGUCACCGAUCACUCAGCGAAAGGAUAAUACAGUGUUUGCAAUAUUGUGUGUGGUGGGGGACGACGGAUGACUGGUAUUUGUUCAAUUUUGGCAGGUUCACACAGAUCCCUAACUAACUGACUGGGGGUAAAGAGGGAGAGAAACUCAGACCGCUCUCCUCACCAAAAUGAAAAAUGCUAUUCCAUGCUGUAAUCAGUAGUAAUGAGUAUGACUGACUGUUUUUUAUUUACUGAGAGCCAGUUAAAUAUUUGUGUAAACACGUAUACUGGUCAUAGGCACUUAGCAGAGACUGAGGUUCAGUGACCUGUUUUGGUCCUGGCUGUGUGAGUAGAUAUCAGCUGUACUGAACUGAGAUGGUGACUUGAUCUGUAUCCCCAUAUAGUGCAGCCCCAGCCAUAGUGAGUUAUCAUGUGCACCUUGUACAGGGUUGGCCACAAUUCAGAGUCCAUAACUUUAAAAAAUAAUAAUUUUUUUUUAUAAAUGAACCAAUUUCAAUGAUAUUACAUGCCUUGAAUGCUUAACGUAUGGAGAUUUGUUUUACUAGAUACGGAAGAUGAAGACGUCUUUUAAAUGAGCUCUAUUUGCCGCCUCUCCAAAUCAGGCUCUUUAGAUUGCACUGUUCAUAACGAUUGUCCAAUGUUUUUGAGACUCUAGCGCUCACAUUUCUGCACACUAACUUCCUGCGAGGUCACCCCGUACCAGACGGGGCAUUUGAUAGGGUAUAAUUGGCUCUGAUGAAUUAUCCGUGGUUUUUCUGUACCCCAGAAACAAUUUUGCUUAUUGACUAAGCCUCUUAAAUGAAAAUGAGUUUCGUCAGACAUAAAUUGAUGAAGAAUAAAUUGUAAUCUCUGGCUAAUCUGUUGUUCUUCCUGACAGUACCCAUGGUGAAUCUCCCAAGACUCUGGUAUAAUAUGUACCUGCAACAAAAAAUAUAACUACUAAUCAGUUAUUUACUUGUCAAAUUCUACUCUAAAUACAGUGCACUAACACUAAUGUAGUGAGAUCCUUCAGACGUACUCUUGCACGCCUUCCCUGGUGCACCCAGUAUCACUAUAUAAACUUCCGUGUCUAAUGUAUAGUUACCGGACAUACCCUAUGAAUAUACAGCAUUUACAUUGCAGCAGUGAGGUCCAUAGCAGACACACAAUCAAUGCUGUAUAGGUGCUUGGCGUACUAUGUAUCACUAUACAGAACACUUCCUGCUGUAUCGGUGACUCGUAUAACCGCUCUCUCUUUCCUGGUAAUCUUUGUAUGGCACCCCCACAUUUAAUGAGUGAAUGCUCGCAUUUCUUGCCUGCACACAUUGUAUAAAUAUUUGCUCUCUGGCUGCACGCCCUUGUGCACAUAGCGUGCGAGGGCGGAGUGCCUACCUGACAGUAUCUGUACAUGGAGCUCAUCACUGCCGGGAGACACAGAAAUCUGUGCAUAUAUAUUCUUUCUGUGUUAAUUGUCCCUGCCUGGCUGUCACCUCCAGAUAGACUGUCUGCAUAGGGUUGUAUAUCUUUCAUAGAUAAUACAGCCCUGGAGGGUGGGGGAGAGAGUGCACACCUUAAGGGCUGCUCCUUGGGCACAUACAAAACAUUGUUCUCCUUUUAAAUUGAAGGCAAAUGUAAACUGCAAAUGUCCACUUAUCACUCUUGUUUAUGUUCAAAUUGCUGCGUGUGUGUGUGUAUAUGUGUGUGUGUGUGUGUGUGUGUGUAUAUAUAAAUAUAUAUCUCUAUAUCUAUCUCUAUCGCCAUCAGAUUCCGUAGCGCUGUACAAAGGGUGGACUAACAGACAUUUACUUGUAACCAGACAACUCGACGUACAGGAACAGAGCUUACAAUCUAUAUCUCUAUAACUGGUAGUGUUUGGUUUUUACGUACUGUAAACUAACACUGGGUAUCUCCAAGGAGCCCCUUGGAGAUCGUUAAUGUAUAUUACGCUGCCUAUAAACUUUCUCCCCCUCCCCCCCCCCCUCCGGUGGCCCUCAAUAACGCCAUUAGUCUCAGAGAAAGAAAAAUGUGCCAGUAAAUGCAGGGUUAAUUUAUAGUAUGUGUGUUGAAAUGUAGUUUUCCUGUAUCAGCAGUAAUAGAGCAUGUAAUUGUCAUGUGUUUGUGGUAGGGGGAGUUGUGGGGAUCCUGGCAGGAUAUCCGCACAGUGUAGCCCCCUUGAGACCCCUUGGAACAGACCCCCCAUUGAUCUCUGGGCGGCUGGUUAGUACAUUAGGUGUGAUGGCUCCUUCGGGAUACUGCAACAUGACUGGGUUAUAUCUGCAGGUCUCCUGUGUGGGGAGGAGGGGGUGGGGCUGGCCUGGUCUUUGAAGUGGGACUUUUUUUGUCCAGACUCUAAUUGGGAUGUUCCCAUUAUGUGAAAUGACUUGGUGCCAAGCUGGCCAUCAUCUCACGGUUCCCGUCUCGCUGCUCUAAGCAGGAUUAUUUAGGGAACUGGUUUAUCUUCAUCUGAAUGGAGCCCUGUCAUUUUAACUUCUAAUAAGCUGCCUUACAGGCAUUUCAAAGGCCUGACGCCACAGCAACGCCCCUUAACAUUGAGAUUGUUUCUACAGCCCCAAUUUAGACGUAUUCCUGCGUAAACGUGUGUUUAUACACCUUCACUUUUAAUCUAUUCCAAAACAUUUGUUUUGAUGCAGGGUGGAUCUCUUUUUGCGGAAGAGGGAAUAUAUUGAUAAUUCAGUAAUACCAAAUCUAUAUGGCCCACUCUAUGCCGUGCAAGAGAUCAGGGGCAUACAGUUCCAUACUUGUGGUCUUUCUUAACCUGUGCAUGGGUCGGCAUCCGUGUUCAUUUUAGUCGACUAAAGUUUUUGAGAUUUAGUCAACUAAAACUAAAGCAUUUCAGAUGACUAAAGUACGACUAAAACUAAUGGCAUUUUAGUCAAAACACUAUGACUAAAACUAAAUUUAAAUUUUCCGCCAAAUUGAACACUGCACAGAGGGGCUGUGGAAGGGUCAAAAGAAACUUUAAACCCAUUAGAUUUAGUUGACUAAAACUAUUUAGAGGAUUAAAGAAGCUUUUUAGUCAAAAGACUGACUAAAACUUAAUUGAAAUUUGCCACCAAAAUUAACACUGGUCAGCAUGGAUGGUUACAUAAUGGAGGGUUGUAUUGUGGGGGGGUCGGUGUUCGUGGAGGGUUGUAGUGCGGGUGAGUGUGCGUGGAGGGUUGUAGUGCGGGUGAGUGUGCGUGUGAGCAUGGAGGGUUGUAUUGUGGGUGUGCAUGCAAGCGAGUGCAUUUUUCAUAGUUGUCUUGUGAUUGCUGUUUAAACAGUGUGUAUGUAUGAGUUGUAUAGUGAGGUUUGUGAUUUACAGUGUGACUGUGCGUCUCUUGGUAUACUUGAAGUCUUUAUAGUAUACUGCUGCAGAGUAUGUCGGUGCUCAUUAGAGAAUAAGUGUCAGGAAUACAGCUGGUUCUACAAUUCGCUGACACCCGUGUACAUGACUAAGGAAUGUCUAUGAUACAUGAGACCCUGAUUGAACGGAACAAGCUGUGUGACCCUCUCAGACCCACGUGUCUCGCACAAUUAUAGGGGUCAAAGAGAGGGCUGUGGACUGCACACCCAUUGCUCCCUCUGCUGGGUGUAAGCCAUACUAUCCAUGGGGUAACAAGUCUGCUUGUAUGUUUAAUACUCCUUUUGUUUCAGGAAUUCUCUAAUCCCAGCAUCUAUGUUGUGUUUAAUUUCUCCUUUUUCAAUUUUCAAUACUGUCCCUAUUUGACGAUAUUUCUGAUAUGCAAUGAAUUGAUAUUUACGUGUAGUCACAGUACAUGGUGCUCUCUCAGCCUUUUGAUGUUACAGCCUCCAAAAUGAGCACUUUAGUUUGGCACUACGGUCACUGGCCUUUUUUACGUUCUGGAAAUCCUGUAACGCGAGUCUGGGCAUGAUUGUUCAAUAGCUAAAGGCAGAUUUAAACUAAAUGCUGCAUCAGUUAGUCUCGGUCCAACAGAGUAUUGAUUGAUCCUUUAUUAUAUAAGCUUAUUAAGCUUGACAAUGGAUCCAGUUGGUCCUUCUAACUGUGAGGGUCAAUAUUUGGGAACAUGGACCUUAUUCACGAAGUGGCAGUGCAAACCUAGCUUCUCUCAAACCAUUCUGGGAAAUGGGAGUGAGGAACUGUCCCCUGCUCUGAAUUUAAUCUUCUUGUGUGUGAUUUGUAAGAAGUUUAAACUUUGGGUAUAACGUUAUUUCUGUAUUUGGAAGGCAGGAUGCUGUGCUGGCUGUUAAUGGCAACUUAUAACAAAUGGGGUAAAAGUGGCGAUGUGAGAACUCUGCACUAAUCCAAAGGGGGCAGCGUGAAAAAGGUCACACAGCCCUGCUUUCCUCUGUCUGGUUUCUAAAUGAUUUCCCAUAUACAUGAGCUAGGCUUUUCCCAAGGUCUCUCUAUUGAUAUGUAGGUGAUGCACGUGAGUACCCCUUGAAAAUGGAAAAAUAAAUAUACAGUCAUAUUUCGCAUAGCCUGUCAUAUUCUUUACCUUUACACACUGUGCUGGGUGUGAGUGUCACAUAAACAAGGUAUGAGUGGAACUGUCUUUGCACCGUCUUGCAUUUCGGAAUUCAAUUGCUUUAAUUUAGUGUUUAGUGAAUUAACCCCUGUGUGUGUGUGGAGCAUAAAUAGACAGCUGUUAUAAAGUCUGAUGCUAACUGUAAGCCUAUUGGCGUCUGAACCUCACUGACUCCCCUCUAACCUCCUAUUCUCUUCCCUGCAGGUUUCUAAAGGAUGACUAUACAGUGACAGCGGAGAUGAAUGAUUACCUAGAUAUAUACUGCCCGCAUUAUGACUCCCGGCACCCAGUGGAGCUCACGGAAUCCUUUGUACUUUACAUGGUGAAUCGGGAAGGGUAUGAAGGAUGUUACGAGACCCAAGGAGCCUUUAAACGCUGGGAGUGUAACCGGCCAUAUGCUCCUUUUGGGCCCAUAAAGUUCUCUGAGAAGAUCCAGAAAUUUACUCCAUUUUCCCUGGGGUUUGAGUUCCGACCUGGCCAAGAAUAUUAUUAUAUCUGUAAGUACAUAAGCCUAAUGUAUGUACUAAUUGUAUAUGUGUAUAUGCAGUGCAGGAAGUCUGUUUGUGUCCAAAUUUGGAAGAAGGGUUGUAGUGCCACACUAAGAACCAUAACUACUAUAUUUUAUUGUAGUGGUUAUUGUGCAAGGAACUACAGUCCGUACAGUUUUUGAGAAACGUUGUCUCCAAAAGCAGAAGUGAAAACAUGAUUUUAUUAUUGGCUGCCAGAGUAGGCUUUAGGCUCUUAGAGAGCACAGGUGGAAAACCACCAAAGACUUCUUGCCACGUAACUCCCACUGUUCGCUGUAGUGGUUCUGGUAUUCUCUGUUCCUUUAAUUAUCUUUAAUGACACACACUGUAUUACAGGAUUUUGUAGGAGUGCCGGUUGUUAGACUUGUGGUGCGGAGGUAACGCAUUCAAUGUCUGAUGAUUUUUCUCAAUUAUGACUCUUAAGCCUUUUGCUUUGGGAUUUACAUCCCACUUCUUCCCAUUGAAAUGUUAAUAAAUACACGUAGCUUUCUGUAAUUAACAGGAUGGUGUCAGGUGAAAUCAUGAGUUUUAUACACUCCUUUACGGUUUCCAUUCAUUUUGUUUCCAUAUUCUAUGUUUUUUUUAUUUGUGUGAAUAUAAUGCUGUGCCUUUUGGAACUCAUUUUUAUUUUCUAUAUAUAUAUAUUUUUUUUAUAUUUUUUUAUUUUUUUUAUUCUACUAAAAAAUGUUUUAUGCGUAACCAACAGAUCUCCUUGCUUUUCCCAGUAUAUCUGUAUGUCUUUGUGGUCUUUAAAAAACACAAAACAACCCACCAACCUGUUAAUGUAAUGUAAUGAUCCUUUUGCAUCGCUCCUUGUGUAAAGUGACGUGUCCAGGGGUUUAAGUCUUGGUGACACUGUGUCUGGAAGAGGUUUUAAUUUGUAGCCGUCUCUCUUGUCUGAGUAUCACAGGGUUAAUGAUUCAGUGAAUGCCUAUAACCACUUCAGAGGAAUGAAUGGUAACUCCCUGGACUGAACCCCCAGGGGUCAUGGAUUCCCAGUUUCCGAUGAUGGCCUUACUGGCUGGACUGGGAGUGUGUCUCCUGCAUGCCCUUUUCUUAGGGAGCAGUUUCAGACCUGCCCUCUUCCUCUUGGGGGCAUUUAGUCAGGCACUUCCGAGGUUAAAGGUCACACAAUGUUCCCUGGUGGCCCUGCAGCCUGUUGUGUCCUGACUGAUAAAAUUGGUGUAGUCAGUGGAUUGUGAGUGGUGGGAUGGGGGAGACACUCAGACUCUGUCUGUCCCUCCUAGCUAUAAUCUUGUCUCCUUAAUCUUCGAUUACAAGAUAAAAUUGUAUGCGUGCUCCAAGAUUCACCAAAGCAAACGUGUAUGCGAAGGGUUAAACUGUUUUCUUGUUUGAUUCAUGGUAAUCCUGUGUAAGUGGUUCUUCAGGCAGAUUGGGCUAUGCUGUGCGUUUAUUUUUUUUUUUAUUUUUUUAAAUGUAUUUUUAAAAAAUUUUUCUCUACCGUUAAAAUAUCCCAUGUGCAUUUACUUAUUUAUAGGGGCUCAUAAGACCCCCUUGGACACAGGGUCUAACUGCUCAGUAUAGGGGUCAGCGUAACCUCCCACUCCUAAAAAUGUAGGGAACACCUUGUGUACCCCUUGUGCAUGUAUUCCAUUAUAUGGGUAUCGGGGACCCAGAAACUUAAUCUAAAUUCAAAUCCUAAUUGAUCCAAAAGAUGGCAAAAUCCAAUUUGAAGAUUUUUAUUAUAUAUAAUUUUUCCAAGUGUAUCAUUAACCUUUUAGGCCCUAUUAUAUCUAUCUCUAUAUCACAAAAAUCUUCAAGCUGGAUUUUAGGGUCCUCAUUCCCUUAAAGAUGGGGCCUGCAAUGUACACCCUGUUUAUCUGAUAAUCUAUAGGUGUUCAGGGCGUGCCACCAUAACCACAUACAAAAAGGAACCCAAAUAAUUGUGCGCACUGGGAUCCCAUUGUAUCCCUUUAUUUAUUUUAUUUAUAUAGCGCCAGCAAAUUCCAUAGUGCUGUACAAUGGAUAUACACUGGCUCGUUUAUAGAAGUCCAGCAGUUCCUUUCUUGUGUAGAACCAGGACUUUAUUCUGUAUGUAUCUCUUUAUUUUUGUAUGUAUCCUUUUACAUCUUCGCAUCACUUUUCAGAACAUGACACGAAGUCUCACACUGUCUCAUUGCUCCAAUGGUCACUUGUUCGAGGUUCUGCUAAGGUUGCACCAUUAUAUGAAAUACUUUGAGUUUCUAAAUCGUAUUUGGUUUUUGUUUGCUCCUCCCCUCCUUCCCCCUUCUCCUAGUUCAUUGAGAUCUGGGAGCCCCAUGUCAUUCCUUCAGCUAUAAUGAGUUUCUCAUGUGCUGUGCCUAGUUUAACCCCCUGUGUGCCAUGUGCUGGGAGGCCAGGUGUUUCCUGUUUGGUUAAGCCUUGCAGCCUGGGCUAAUGUUUCUUACACGCUACCCUAAUCCUGGCCUUGGCGAUUGGUGGAAGUCUCCUCUGAGCUUGAGGAAGUCUGUGAAUAAAUCAUAGUUAAUAGUGCUUGAACCUGUCGCCCUCUGCUCUGGACCUCUAUUCCACGUAUGCCGCCUCAUUGAUGCUUCCUCUGGGGUUUAACAUGCCUCUCUUAAUGUUCAGUGAGAAUAAAACAUGGCAUUCACUUCCUGUUCCUGUAACUACAAUCUGCCAGCCUUUGGUUUAUAUCGGACUCAUGUAAGUUCCCAGAGAUGUGGCUUAUGGUCAGUAAGGAUUGAUGUACCUUGAGGGCAGUGGGACCGAGAUUUGUCCAGAUGGUUUUUAUCUGCAAGAAUAGACCCCUGCCCCAACAUUGAGCACAUCUGUUCAUGUCCUGCACCAACUCUUUAUGGCCACCUCCUGGAUACUAUCUUCUCUCCAGAAUUUGGUCCAACACCAUGUAUAUUGUACUUUUUUUCUCGAUGUUCUAUCGGUGGAACAUUUCAUGUGGUUGGACUGUGAAUUGGCAUGCAUUUAUGCCUUUUAAAAAAAAAUAAAAAAAUCUUGUUUAAUUCCUGUUUCAACACCACACUUCUUGGUUUACUGUUUGUUCCCAUUUUCCCUACAUAAAUGGCCUCACUUGGCGUCUGUCUUUUCGGUAUUAAACAAAAAAACUAAAUGGAGCUGCACUCAAUCUAUUUAAUAAAAGCCUGGGUGCAACGAAACCUGGGGCAAGCACCAAGGCCCAAGAAGUAGUUAGUAGUCACCAGAGAAAGGAAAAGGUCCAUGCACUCCAAGGCUUAGGCAUUUUUAUGUGAACUACAGUGUCCAACAGCAACGUUUCGACCGAACGUGCUUUUUAAAAAGGGUCUUGAAAGACCUUUGGGUGGAAAUGUUGCUGUUAGACACUGUAGUUGAAAUAACAAUGCCUAUCUAAGCCUUUGAGUUCCUCGACCUUUUCCUUUCUCUGGUGACUACUAUCUUUUCUGUGUUGUCCUGUGGGUUGGUAUAGUCCCCAGAUUCGGCACCCGCUUCUUGUCAUUGCAUUGUCAUUCAGAUAAUGGAGAUAUGUAACUGAAGUAAUCACAAGUAAUUCUUCAGUAUCUGAUGACUGUGUUGUUUCUGUCUUGGCCCGUGUUAUCUCAACUAUUAGAUAAGAUUAAUAAGCAGCAUGUCUUCAUUAUUUGCUGUAUGACUAAGCUUUAUUAAGAAAUGCCUAAACCCUCCUCUUCAGUAGCAAUACCAAAACGCUCUAUAUUCUGGUAUCAGACGUCUUAUCAGAUGGGACGCCUUUAACUUGUGAGAUAAGGUUUUGCUGAAGUUGGUGUGAGAAGGGAUUAGUGUCUCCUGCUUUAUUCCUGAUCAGGGAUGGUGGGGAUAGGCUGUACAGGAGGGGGUGCCUGGGGGAGUAUUACAGUAUGUUUUCCGGAUAACACACAAUAAGCCCAAGGAAGGAUUGUGUGUUAAACUGAUUCGUAUUCCUGGAUCUUGUGUAAUAGUGGGUUUAGAUUGAAUCCUGUCAAAGCGUGCAAGGCUGGCCGUAGGCUUUAAAGUGGCAAUGCCACUUUUGAGAUAUGUGGUGUACUUUACUUUUUUUUUUAUUUAUUUUUUUUUUACAAUAAAAAAAAAAACUAAAAAAAAACUUUAACUGUUCUGGAAUUCCAUUGGAACUCCAACUUAGAAGAUCUCAUACUAGAAAUGACAGACUGCGUUGUCAUCUUGCCAUUAGCCAUCACAGGCUGCCUGUUGUGCUGCGUUUUUUUUGUCUUUUUAUGGCUUCCCAAUGUGUAGCUCUCGGUUGUUCCAUAGAGCUCCUCUUGUGCGUUACUGCACCAGUGAUGUCUCCUGGUAAAUUGUCACCAGUAGCUGAGGACAAGGUUAAACAUGGUAGCACCCAGGAGAGGUCUAGUUAUUUUCCUUCCUUUUCCACAUGGUUGACACAAUGUAAGCAGUCAUGCUGCCUUUGAGGGUCAUUACCAAAAAUGUGACUCUUUUUUUUUUUUUUUUUUGUGAGGAAACAAAGGUCACAUACUUUGAAUUGAGUGUAUGUGACAGGGUAACUUUGACAAAAGCGUACUUAGUGUUCUCAAAGACAUUCCUACGCUGUCAGUGACACACUCUCAGGCGUGCUCAUACACUACACCACUGUAAAAUUAAAAUAUUGUGGCCUGAUCCCACUUAAUCCCCAGGUGGUGAUGGUGACUCAUGUAGCCUGGCAGAAGGUCGUGGUCUUUUUCAGUUAUGGGUGUGUGUUGCCCUAUGCUCUCCAGAGCUCUUUAAACGGUCUCAAACAGUGGGAAGAAGCCAAGAUGGUGAAAAAUUGUGCUAGACACAGCUCCGUGCCAAGUUCCCUCACAGGGUAAUAGGCUCCCCUGGCAGUGCCUUUGCACCAGUGUGCCACACUAGAUUACUUGGAGAGUCCUGAGUAUGUGCAUGUUGGCUACACCUCUUGUGACAAUCUCGUGGCCUCCCCUUUUACAGUUAGAGAUCCACCAUGUCUAGUGCUGUCACUAGAGUGGGUUAUCUAUUGGGGGCAUGAACACUAGAAGUGGUGUAAACAGCCAACAUCUGUAUUCCAGUGCAACUUUUAGAACCUGGAGCAGAAUCCCAUAACCACACAUGUGACUACUCGGUUAGGUCAGUGCUUUGUACAGAAAUCUUUUUCCAAUUCUCAAUGAACGUUUCCCAACGUUUCUUUCCUCCCCCAGAGGAGCAUGAAUAUUUCUGCAAUUCUUUAAAUUCCACCUAAGCCCUUUCUUUUUGUAGAGGUAUGGGGUGUGUAACACCCAGUAACAAAAAGCUGUAAUGCCUUGGAUUGUUUCCAGAUCGGAAAGUGCCAUCAGACCGGUUUGUGACAUAAACCAUCAUCCCUAAAGACAAGAUAUGUGAGCUGUAUACGCUGCGGUCUGACCUGUAUCUAGUGGUUGAGUUACUAGGGAGAAGAGGGGGUGGGGGAGAGCCUCAGAAAAAGGUCAUUUUAUGCUGCACGAAAAUUGCCAAUAAAGUGAUUUUGGGCUAAAUUCCUCUCGUGCAUGGCUUUGGGCUUUAAUGGCACUUUAUAUAUUCAUAGUAUUUGAUUGGUGAAUGGCUAGGGAAAUAUUAGCAGAUCCAUAGUGAAUAGGGAUUUAGGAGUUAAUAGUAAAUGUAACCAACUAUAAUUGGUUGUGUUUGUGUGUUUUUCUUUUCUUUUCUUUUUUUUUUUUAUAUGAAAUGGGGAAACCCUGUAAUAGUUACCUUGUUGCAGUCCUCUAUUGUUAAUCAUGUUUUAGGGAUUGGAGUUAUUAUUUAUAACUUGUUUAAAUGGUAUGUAUGCUAUUGGAAUUCCCUGGUCUGUAGAAUUUAACGGGACAAUAACAUUUUCAGAAUAACGCUUUGGUUCCGUGAAAGAAACAAAUGAGCUGAUUUAAGGUAGCACUUGGGAUUGGAACCAGUGAUCCUAUUUCGUUUCUGUAAGCUUUGGCUUGGCGUGUCUGUGACUGAGUACUCUCCUCUUACAUGGAGAUCAGUGUAGUUUAAUAUCUCCUUAAGUGAUUUUUUUUUUUUUUUUUAAUUUGUGAAACUGGGUUUUCUUCAUUUGAUGACGAUUGUGCUUGUCUCUCUUUAAUUGUGAACACCUGGCUCGUCCGACAAAGUAGCGUGUAGUCGAAAACGUACAAACUGCUUUCUUGGUGUUUUUUAUGAUUACUAAAAAAAAUGUAUAUUUUUGUUCUCGCACUUUAAAGAUUAUAAAUGUAUUGCUUGUCCCAGACUGUAUCUGGCUCUGCACUGUUCCUGAAUGUGUGCUUGGCUCUGUGUCUGUUUUCAUUGUGUGUCUCCCUUUCUCUCCUUCUUCCUCUACAGCCUUCGUUUCUUUGUUCUCGAUAUCCUUAUCCUUCUGUCUGUUUUUUUUCCCUCAAUGUGAGUAUUGACCUUUUAUUUUUAAUUUUAAUUUUUCUCUGUGUUUUCUGCAUGUUUAAUGCUCCUUGCUAUGAGUUUCUACUUUUACCUAGUGUCGAUAUAAAGACAGGCACUCACUCUUUGGUUUUCGUUUGUUUCAGCUAUACCAAAUGCAGAUAGUGUCGGCGAAUGCCUAAAACUGCGUUUAUCAGUCUGCUGCCGACCUACCAGUAAGUAUACACAUAAUGCAGAAUGAUUUUAUAGAUGGUUCAGUUCCCCCUCCUUCAUCCUGCCAACCUGCCUAGUCUUUUUCAAAGCUAAAAAUGUUGCUUCCAUAACUUUUAAAGGGACAUUAUAGUCUCCAAAGCACCUUUUUAGCUUAAUGAAGCAGUUUUGGUGUAUAGAUAAAGCCCUGCUGUCUCACUGCUCAAUUCUCUGCCAUUUAGAAGUCACAUGCAGGUAGCCCUAGACAUGCCUUCCUCAACACUUCCUGUCCUCUGAUGUUUAAAUUUCCCUUUAUUGCAAAGUCUAUUUAAUUGAGAAUGUGUCUCCUACUCUGUUAAUAGCCUUCUAUACCCUGAAGGAGGCUCGUGUGUGCGCUUAAAUUUCCUUUUACAGAUCAGGAAAUAAAAACCUCUAAAGUAAGUACGAUCUGAAAAACAUUUUUUCCCAUGGAGUCACAGCCAGUAUCCCUUUAAGAGGCCUCAAACAAGAUAUCUCCCAUCAGUAGUUCCCAACCUCUGGAUUAGAACCCAGUUUUAAGUCACCAUAUCAGUGUACUGGCUCCCCAUUUAUUUAUUUAUAAUUCGAUUUGACCGUCCCAAUGCAACUGCCCCACACUAGUCCUGUGCUGGUGACCCUUCUGCCAAGCGGAGAUGUCCAGAUGAAGAUGUUCUGCAGGUUUUUGUCUUUAGUCUGUCUGUAUCUUAUAUUACAAGUGGAGAAUUGGUUGUCACGCUAUUGACUGACACACGUAAUUUGGGGUUAUUUCAGAAUAAAAGUUAAACACCGCUACAUACAUUUAUGGCAAACAGUCUGAAUUUUUUUUAAAUUUUUUUUUUUUUUUUUAAAUUUAUUUAUUUUUGCAAACAGUUUCUGUAGUAGACGUCACACAGAAAACCCAGCACUCAGCCUUUCUCUCAAAAUGUCCUAAUGGAUUAUUGACUCUGGUUUCCAUGGAAACAAUAAGUAUUUCCUAGGGCCCAGUGCAAAUGCAGCGUCCCUUGGUUUUCACAAAAUUGCUCCCUUUGUUUGGGACUUAAAGUGCAGGUUCUCUGGUUGUCUGGAAAUGAUCUAUUCUCAGUGACAAAGAAUAUCAGACAGUGUUGAUUUCAUGAGGCAUAGCGAUGACUUUUACAGACAAAAUGAGUCCAUACAAGUAGUGUUUCUGAUCAAUAACCCUUUCAAAAAGAAUAAAUCUGUCACUUAAGUUUGUUAGACUGUGGGCUGCGAUAUCCUGCCAUCGAAUAAAAUGAAUUCAUGCAAGCGCAGUACACAAGACCGUUCUUAUCUAAAAGGUAGCUGCUUUUAAAGUGACCUUUCUUAGUUGACGGACAAGAUUUCCUUUACGUUUGUUGAAUACAGGACCCCUGUUUACCUUUGCUGCCAAAUAAAUAAAUCCUCAUGUACGUUGCUACUCGGGAAAUAAAGACUAUCGUUUAUAUGGAAGCAGGUCUCCCUAGAUCUACUGGAUAUUCCUUGCCAAUGGUUAGAAACCAUAUUAACACAACCUUGCCCAUUUGUAUGCUUUGUACGUAUACAAAAUAAGUUACCAGUUUGUAGUGUUGUUCCCCCUCUCCCUGAGUAUGUAUUUGAGACACUCACCUUCACUUUCAUGUAAUUUUUUUUUUUUUUUAAACCAGCAGUGAAACCUGUAACCGAAGUGCCAAAAUCUCAGCCUCGAGGAGGGGCACCUGGCCCUGGAGGUGGGGACCGGACAGGGGGAGGUAAGGGGAAUAUUGAGCAAUUACAUGUGCAUGUAAAGUUAUGAGUGAUGAAACUUGUGUAUAGAUAGAGAAAUAAAUGCAGAUAUUGGGAGUAGCGGAUUGCCUUGGUGAGUAAGUGAAGUUGAGUUUAUGGGGGAAAGAAAAUAGUGUCCCAUGUACACUCAGAAAUUUGAAGAAACAGUCUUUUUUUUGUAUCGCUUGACAGGGCACACUCACGUUUUAGUAUGCUUUUGUUUUGUUUUUUUGUUUCCUUACUCCGUUGCGUAUGUUUUGAGUCUCACUUUUUGUAGUUGUUAGUAUCUCACUGUUAACAUAUGGUAGCCUUAUUGACAAUGAAUUCCUAACACUACAGUGUUACGUUAAAUGAAAAACCAUGUAAGGGUUAUUUUAGUAUUUACUAUUUAGUUAUACAAAGUAUUUCUUUCAGAUCCCAGAAAACCCCCUGGAAGUUCCUCAUAUACAAUUCAUGUCUCAUCACUCCUGCUAACGAGCUGCCUCGUCCUUCUCCUCUGGCCAUGA